AUGGGAUCCGACGAAGAAACUCAAAGAACUUUCAAAUGUUAUCAGGAUGAAGUAAUAUCUACUUCUCCCCCUCGUUCAACCCUAACAUAUAUUAACCUGUUAACAGAACAAAUUAGAGAAAACGGUAUGAUCGUAUUGGGAUCCCCAGUUCCAAAUCCGCCUCAACCUAUUCCUUUCAAUAUUGACUUGGUCGAGACUCUAUUAUUCUUUAGCUCCGUUGUAUAUUAUCGUGGAAACCCGAAUUACAAUAAAAUGACUGAUACGACGAAGUCAACAAUAAAAAAACGCCGAAACGACGCAGAAAAGACAAUUGUUGAAAUAAUUCGUCCUUGGGGAAUAAAAUUUCACUCUUUCGGUGAAUUAAGCUCGACUGAAAAUAUAUUUGCUGGACUAUUUUG